AUGAGAAAUACCAAUGCAUGCAUCUACGUUGCUAAUCUUCCACCAGACAUCACAGAACAUGAACUUGAUGACAAAUUUUACAAGUUUGGGAGGAUCAGGCAGAUUACCAUUAAACAGAGUCGCCGCAGAGAUGACGAAUGUUAUGCUUACAUUGAAUUUGAUUCAUCAAGUUCCGUCGACGAUGCUAUAAAAUAUCGUGAUGGAUAUAAAUUCGGAAGAUAUCGUAUUUUUGUAGAUAUACUAAGGGAAAAGGGUGGUAAAUCGUCAAGAGGUCCUCCUAUGCGAACUGAUUACCGAGUAAUCGUAGACAAUUUGCCCAGCUCCGCUAGCUGGCAGGAUCUAAAGGAUCAUAUGCGGAAGGCAGGACCAGUUGGGUAUUCCAGUGUCAAUAGAGGGAAAGGUUACGUUGAGUAUGAGACAAAAAAAGAUAUGGAAUGGGCGCUAGAAAAUUUGGAUAAGUCAGAGUUCAAAAAUAUUUACUCCAAGAGUAUCAUCAGAGUCCAUCCUGGAAAUAACGAUGGAAGAUCAGCUUCUGAGAGUAUAUAUAAGGAUCACAAAUAUCGAGAUAGUGAAAGUGAUAAAGGCUUCAGGUUUAGGUCCAGAUCAAGAAGUUCUAGUUCUAGAUCACGUGCGUCCAGAUCUUUGUCACGAGGUAAAAAAUCUGAUAGUUGA